GGAUCUGUUUGACGUCUUUAAAUUCGUUUAGUGAGUGAUUAUUUGGUACGCGUUGUAACUAAAUUAAAAGAAUUAUUUUAAUACUAUUACCAACACCAAGUAAUCCAUAACAAGAAAUCAUGAGCGAGUUGACUCAAGAAGAAAUACGAAGACGACGGCUAGCUAGACUUACUGCCAGAGAGAGCACAUCACCAUCAAGUUCUUUAUCUCCACCUAUCACACCAACCUCCCAAUCUCCCAUUAACACAAAUCUCAUUCAAAUUCCCCCGAACUUCGAUGCUAACGUGAACCCAACCGACGAUGCCAAACCAGAGCCCCUCCAGGAGAACAAAGCAAGCGAUCUGGCCAAGAAAGCAGAUGUGUUCAAGGAGCCUUCAAAACCCAUCGAUAUUAAUAUGCCAUCGAGCUCGAAAGGUAGAACUAGAGCUCCUCCACAAAGGAGCGAUUCAGAGACGAGUUCGAUUCAUAUGGAAGUAGAUGAUAUCAGCGUCAGCGCAGAUAAGAUUAGUGCUAACACUGAUAUUGAUUCUGGGUUUGAGAAUAUGGAGGUGGACGAUAUAGACACACAAAAGAAGGACUUGCACAAGAAACAAACGACGACAUCUACCGAAUUAACUCUUCAACAACUGCAUUCGUCUGUAGCUCGAGUUUUACUCUCAUCAUUCAAAGAACCCUCAGAAACACGCCUAUAUCUUCCCGAAACAGCUAAAUUCCUUCAAGAAAAUCAAAAUAUAUCGACAAGAGAUCUGGCCUCGAAUGCUAUAAUGGAAAUUUUGUUUAAAAUCGUUACGGAGCAAAACCCCUUCCAGAACUUAUCCCAGGUGACUUCCGAUAUGUGCGAGACUGGCAGCUUGGGCUCUUUUUCGGCCAGUCCGUCAAAUCUCAGCCCAUCUUCAGCUAGUCCUGCAAUGGGAAGUUAUCCGGUGGCUCCUAUAACUCUGAAUAGUAGAAGUAAAACAACUCAAGACUCGAUGACGGUGGCUAUAAACUUUUUGAUGGAUUCUUACAACAGGGUUGGGGUUGAAGAAAGAAAUAAUCCAAAGAAGUCAAGUGUUCCUCCCAUGAGCGACGUACUUACCGAAUUAAGGGCCCAGAUUAUUCAACAUACAACUCUUCUAGCACAAGGUUGUAUAAUAACAUCUGAACCCAGACUCGAAUCUCCCUUACUACACCCAGUCCUACAGCAAUCAAUACCCAGAGGUUUUCCUAACCGAAUUGAUCACUAGGACACACACAAACGACAAUCUCUUCUCCAGCGUCUUCAGUCCGAUUUUGCAAGGUUUGUUCAAAAUCAUGCAACAAGCCAGCAUGGUGGGCGACGAACAUCGAGUACCGAUCCAAACCCUUUUCGAAUUGACUGAUAUCAGAUGUGGACCGAGGCCGAUAUGUACGUUGCUCACCAAACAGGCGCAAUUCAUGCCUCCCGUUUGCACGCCUGCUGCCGGACGCGAGAUUAUGAGGUGCUCCUAUCUUGGGCCGUUCUUGAACGUCUCUGUGUUCGCCGAAGAUGAACCCAAGGUGGCGGAGAAAUUUUUUUCGGGAAAUAGUUCUAAUGACAAAAGUUUGAUACAAGUGCUGCAAUCCGAGUUGGAAAACACGAGAGGCUUGCAACAUCGAAUAUUUCAUUUCAUGAUGGCUAAUCAAGAUAGUAGAGACCAAUGUCUGAAUUAUAUCGCUCAGAUUUUAAAGUACAAUGAUAAAAGAUCUCAAUUACAAAUGGAAGAGAGAACUUUGGCUGGAGAUGGCUUUAUGUUGAAUUUGUUGAGCGUGUUACAAUUUCUGUCAGUUAAAAUAAAGCUAGACAAAAUGGAUUUCAUGUACCCAUUCCAUCCUGAGGCUCUUGUGUCCAUAUCGAACGAUACAAGACUGAAAUUCACUUCUCAGGAAGUUGCUGAUUGGUUACAGGAGUUCGGCAAAACCCACGAAAUCCAAACCCCAAAUUUCUCAACAAUAUGUUGGUUCCUAACGUUGCACUGCCACCAUUUAUCACUGUUACCUGCACUGCAGAAGUACCAGCGACGACUUCGAGCCAUCAAAGACCUUCAAAAGUUACUCGACGAGACUGUGGCGGCGGAGGCCCAAUGGCGGAAUACGCCGUUUGCUAAUAGAAAUAAGCAGUUUAUCAAGAGGUGGAAACAGCAGUUAAAGAAACUCAACAAAUCUAAAAUAUGUGCCGAUGCUGGAAUAUUAGACAAAAACCUAAUUCGAAGAUCUUUAGUCUUUUAUACGUCAGUGUCAGAGUAUUUGUUAAGUCUGAUGACGAAUUCGCCUCCCGGUAGUACCGUACCGAAUUUACCACUGCCCUCGGAAUCUUCUGCAUUUUCUUCCUUGCCGGAAUGGUACAUGGAAGAUAUCGCGGAAUUCCUGCUGUUUGCGUUACAAUAUUUCCCGAACGUAAUCGCUGAUAACAUGGAAGAUAGUAUGAUAACGUGGUUAUUAGUGACUAUAUGUUCUUCCAAUAUGGUUAAGAAUCCCUAUUUAGUUGCCAAACUAGUUGAAGUAGUAUUUGUGAUCCUGCCUUCAAUUCAGCCUCGAUGCGAACUCAUAUACUCUCGCCUUAUGAAUCACCAUAUCUCGCAGACCAUUCUGCCCAGUUCGCUGAUGAAGUUUUACACAGAAGUCGAAACUACAGGGUCCAGUUCGGAGUUUUACGACAAGUUUUCCAUACGGUAUCACAUUAGUUUAAUUAUUAAAAAAAUGUGGUCAUCUCCCGUCCAUCGCCAAACUCUAAUCAACGAAUCUCGCGAAGGAUCGCAAUUCGUCAAAUUCGUCAACAUGCUGAUGAACGACACCACUUUCUUGCUGGAUGAGUCGCUAGAGUCCCUCAAGAGGAUCCACGAAGUCCAGGAAUUGAUCAGCGACGAUGAAAAAUGGUCGAAGUUGCCGUCAGAGCAGCAACAGAGCCGAAUGAGGCAAUUGAACUCGGACGAGAGACAAUGUCGGUCGUAUUUGACGCUCGCUAGGGAGACUGUAGAUAUGUUUCAUUAUUUGACUGUAGAUAUAAAGGAGCCUUUCUUGAAGCCGGAAUUAGUAGACAGGUUAGCUUCGAUGUUAAACUUCAACCUGCAGCAGCUUUGUGGGAAAAAAUGUAAAGAUUUAAAAGUUAGGAAUCCAGACAAGUAUGGCUGGGAGCCUCGCAGAUUACUUAGUCAAUUAGUCGAUAUAUAUUUGCACUUAGAUUGUGAUAAAUUUGCCGAAGCUCUCGCUGGCGACGAGAGAUCGUUUAGAAAAGAAUUGUUCGAAGACGCAGCUGCCCGUUUAGAACGUAUCUCCAUAAAAACAGCUACACAAAUCGAGCAAUUCCGAGCGUUAGCUGUGAAAGCUUUCCACAUUCUUGAAAACAAUCAAAAAACCGAUGACUGGUUAGCGGACGCCCCUGACGAGUUCAAGGAUCCUUUGAUGGACACGCUUAUGUCGGACCCGGUGCUGCUUCCCAGCGGACAGAUCAUGGACCGGUCUGUUAUAAUGCGGCAUCUACUGAAUAGUAAUACUGAUCCUUUCAAUAGACAGGUGUUGACGGAGGAGAUGUUAAUACCAGCCAACGAUUUGAAAGAAAGAAUACGAAUAUGGAAGUCAGAGAAAACGUCGAAAUCAAACUAGCUUUAGUUAGGUAUAUUUUAAAGGACUGUAUGAAAGUGUAUUAAGCCCGUGAAAUUUGGAGAUACAUCGAGCAUUUAUUUCACUAUUGUUGAUAUAGUAAAAACUACAAAAUGCAGCUAGUGACUUUUUUUUGUUUAUGUGCAAUGUCAACUUUUAGUUAUUUGGUUUUGUUUAGCCUUCAAAUUGAUUUGUGUAGAUACCUGCUAUUGUUUCAAUUUCCACCAAUAAAUAUUUUGGACAACAU